AUGGCCAACCUAGUCAAGUUCUACAUCAUGGGCACCAUCCCUACUCGACGGCUCCCUCAAUUGAUGGCUUUGGCAUAUCAGACUGCAAAUGAUCUUCAUCUUCACCCAAAAGCUGUUCUCAUCUGGUCGGAUAUUCACGAUACGACCUCUAUACUUGGCACAUACCAGAAAGAUCCAAAGGGUCUCCAUCUUACCAUCUGCUUCAAAGAUGCUGAGCAACUCGCCAAACAACACGCAUAUCGCUAG